GAUUUUCAAAUCAAGACGCGUGUGCUGAGAGCGUGUGUGAUGUAAUAAAAGAAUCGCGAUAACUGUAAGAAAUAAUUCUAAUUGUUUAUUUGAAAGCGUACCUACAGCGCGUGCUGCUCUCGAGGAACGGGAUGGCUUGGGGGUCUUGUGCAUCUAGUCUGAAGAAGUUCAGACACAACCUUUUUUUUGAAAGACCCAGAAUCAGAUAAAAGAUGAGAUUAGGUUCUCACUGAUGCCUUACUUUUGAAAGUGUGUGUGUGGCAGUAGUAGUCCAUUCACGAGAGUGGGUGGAGAAAGGUUUUUUACUUCGGCUGCGAUCGACAUCCAGCCCACUUGCGUCUUGUAUUUGUUCCUUCUACUACCAACCAUACACGAGCCUGGCACGUGGACCGAAGGUACUGGCGUCAUGAUUUUGCACCCCUUCUCGCCUUACCUGUUCCGCUAUAAUCGCGUGAGGGCGGCGCAGCUUUCUUAAGGCUACUUAAUGAUCUAUAUCAUGUUCUUAUAAGCGACCAAGCGAACCUCAAACCGCUCGACUAGGUGAACUUUCCGCAAUGGUGCAACUACGUUUUAUCGUCACCUUGAUCUUGCAGCGUGGUUUGCACAAGUAGUAAACAGAAAUAUAAUCGACACCGCCGACCACACUGCCCCUUCACCCCUCCUGUCCCCGACGAGUACUGACAUGACAAAAUGUUAACUCGUGGCCCUCCUGCACCUGCUCCUUGAUCCGUAUAUGCGCGCCAAUUUCCAAAGAUCAGGUUUAUCAAGAGUAGUGCGGAGUAGUUUUCCAUUAACAGGAACUCGGCUCCUUUUUUCAUCUAAAAUCCACCUCCAUAAUAUUUUUCAUCUAAAAUCCACCUCCAUAAUAUUUUUCAUCUAAAAUCCACCUCCAUAAUGUGUUCCCGCCGUCCUCUAAUACAUAGCAGGGUUUCUCGUCUUCCCGGUCUCUGGUGCGGCAGGAGCGGUGAACUAUGUCCUUGCCACUGUCGGGAGCGAGGGUAUCGCGGGAACGGAAGUACUCGCGCAUAACUCUACGAGUGUUGACGACGGGGAGCUGAGUAAUGGUACUUGCAUGAGGCUGCUGAGAUACGUCUAAUAGAUAUCGUUUGAUAUUUUUUUUCUGGCUCGAUGUGCAGACUUCACAACCUAACCUAACCUCUCAUGCGUCUGACGUGUUUAUUGUUCGACGAAGGUAAAGAUUGCUGUGCCCCCGCUGCAUAUGAAGAUGUUGAUAUUGUUCUACAUCUACUGGUUGAAUGAAUGUCACUCAUUAAACAGGUAUUUUUUACACUUACCACUCGUCACUCUAUUUCUAAUUUGCGGUGGAUCUUCUCUGAUGAAUCAAAAAAUAGGCGCGCAAAAGAGGUAGCAGAAGACGGGUAUCAAUUAUUUUGGCGAAAUGACCGAUACUCAAGAAGAUGA